GUAGGUUUUUUCCUACUCAAAAAAGGAGGACAAUUCCUGCUCCUUUUAGAAGUCGAAUAUCAAUAAAAGAUUCCAAAUAAAAGCUAUUAAGUUAAACAAAAAUGUUUGACCUAAAUGCUUAUAGCGUUUAUUCGCUAAUUAGUGAAUUAUGCGUGAAAUUAGUAAACGAAAAAAGUUAUAAAAAGCAUCCUGUAUCCCCAGAUGUUCGAAAAUUGAGAAGCAAGGCAUUUGAAAUUUUAUUGAAAAGGAAUAAAUACAAAAUCGAUAUUAAGGAUAACAUUGACCCACUUAAAGAAUUGGAUAUAAUUCAUUUUGCAACGAAAAUCAAAGCGAAGAAUAACUACAGAACAUCAAAUAAUUUUGAAAAGUUUGAACAAAUAUUAAGUUAUAUUUAUAAUGAUGAGUAUUUUUUGAGUGGUUCGGGUAAAUCAGUUUUGGUUUUCCUCUUGUUUGUAAAAGACUUUUUGAAAUGCAGCCAAAACGAGGAUGAUCAACGUCAACAUCUUUUAGUACCAGGACCAUUUACUUUGUAUUUGGAGUAUAGCAGAAGUUUAAAUUACCCUUUCAAAGCAAUAAAAUAUAAUUCAAAUCAAUUGGAACAUUUUAAAGGUUUGGCUUCCAUAAUAGAUUGCAACAAUCCAUAUUUACCUGAAUUCGUCUUUGAAAAGGCCAAUAAUUAUGCUAAAAGUGAAGGUAUAAAACCAUUUAAAUUGCAAUUAGAAGAAAAAUAUGAAACACCUGUUUCUUACAAGUACUUGAAACCAUUUACAUUACGUUUAAGUUCAAUAGAAAAUCAGCAGUAUUUGGAAGAGUAUCCCCUCGAAAAUAAUGAAGAAAUUUGUCGUGAAAACUCAAACUUAAAUAAAAGAUUCGGGUGGAAUUGGGAGGAUUUAGGAAAGACAACCAUCCAAAAUGAAACCAAAUUUGGUUCUGAGUUGGAAAUUUCAAUGCCAUUAGAAAUAUUAAUAGAUGAAAAUUUGAACUCAAUUUUUGAAGCAAAAAUAAUUAAUGUUAAUACCUUUCUAUCAAAUCUAAAAUCAUUGUUGGUUGGAAUUGAAUCUGAAUCAUUUUUUCUUGAUAAAAAUAUUACUUUUUAUAUGGUUGAAAAUUUGACUAUCGCGAACGUAGUUCCAAAUAUUAUGCUUAAUUUUGUUCAAGAAUGUCUUGAUUGUGGCACAAGUUAUAGAAGGAUGCAGAUUCUAUCAUCUAGAAAAAAUUUUCAACAAAAUUUGGAUGGGUUUAUAUUUAAGGCUUUGUGUGGUGCUAUCGAAGAUUAUCUUUUGAUGUUUAGGCAAUAUGUUUUUUCUUACGAAGAUUCUAAAAUCCUUGAAUUUUGUGGCAGAACUGGAAAAAUUAUAAAACAAAUGUUAGCAUUGUCUUACAUAUUAACAAUUCAUCCAAAAGGUGUUAGUGAAAAUUGUAAGCCUCCUUCUGGAUCUCAUUUUCUAGGAUAUAUAUACAAAGAAAUAAUGAGAGUAACUCAAUCUGAUAUGUUAGCCUUGUUAAUAUUUUUUUUAAAACGUUGCUGUCAUGUUUAUUUCAAAAACCUUCAAAAAUGGAUAUUUCUGGGAAGUUUAGAAGAUCGCUUUAAUGAACUGUUUAUAUGUUUUGCUGAUCAGUAUCAUCCAAACACCAAAUAUUAUUUUGAUAAAGCAUUCUUUAUUAAAAAGGAGGCCGUACCUGGUUUUUUUUUAGGAUACGAGGAAUAUAUUCUGCAGUGUGGAAAAUAUACUAUGCUGCUCAAAGCGUUCAAUCCAAACCAUCCAAUCUUUUCUUUGCAAUAUCCCCCAGUAGCAGUUUGUCUUUCAUUUGAAGAAUUGAGGAAAGUGCAAGAAGCCUGCGAAAUAUAUGAAAGAAGGGCAUUAGAAUUAUGCGAGUCGCCUGUUACGGUUCAAGACAUAUUCAAAAAAGAUAUUGAAACAAAACGAAAUUUUUUUAAACUAGUUCUUGAGAAAUCAAAAAAAAAUUUAGAAAAUUGGAAAUUGGAAAAAAAACAACUUUCGAAUGAUGAUAUUUGUAGAAAAAAAAAAGUUUUUGAGGAGUUAUCUUUGCAAAUUGAACAAAAAAGAAUUUACAAAAUCCAAGAAAAAAUGGAAGAUAUUGUGAUGGAGAGAGAAUUAAUUAGGAAUCAAGAAUAUCAUUCAGAUCAAAUAAAUUUAAUUGAGCAGCAAGAAACUUUAAAGCGAAUUAGUUGUUUUGAAGAAAUCAAAGAAAUGACAGAAAAUAAGAAACACUGUAUCACCUCCCAAAAGUUGGGCCCUACUGAUUUCAAAACAUUUGAAGAAAAUAAAUUUGAAGCUGAAAUUAAAGUAUGCAAUCUAAGUAAUGAGAAACUUGAGCAAUAUCAACAUCUCAAUUUUAACAAAAACCUUAAAAAUAGCUUUAAUGAUGUCGAUAUUGCUAAUUCUAAUGAAAUUAUAGGCAAGGAGAGCCCUGAUAUAAAUGAACUAUUAACAACAAAAACAGAUAUCGAGAAUAAAAACUUGACAGAAGCACAAAAAAAUAAAAUAAAAGUUUUAGGUAGUGAAUAUAAUAUUUUUGGUACUUACUUGGAGGAUGUAAAUUCGAACUUUCAUAGCAAGUGUAUGCAGCCAAAUUUUUCUGAACUCAACGAUUUACAAAAAAAUAAGAUGAAAUCUAUGCAAAGUAAUUGUUUUCAGACACGGAGUAAUUCAAGAGCAAAUUUGGAUAUUAAAACCGAAAGUCUUCUGAAUAAAAAAAAAGUUUUAGAAAACGAAUAUUUUAUUGCUGUGGGCUCAUUUAUUACACCAGCAAAUAUUUCGCCAAUGUCUACUUCAUCCGAUUUGUCUUUGGAAGCUAGCGAAGUUACAAAGAAUAAAAAUAUCUCUAAAACCGAUAUGGAAUGCAUGAUCUUUAAUCAGAAUAUUGAAAACGUUGAUCUUGAAAAUGAAUGUCAACUCAAACAAAAUUUUUUGGAUGAUUGUUUCAUUGCACAAGAUGAUUUAACGAAAAAAAAUGAAUAUGCUUAUAAUGACGAGUCCUAUGCAAGAUCCUUGGAGUUAAUUAAAAAUAAUUUCAAGUGUGAACCCAAAACUGGUUUUAUACAUUUAAAAGAUAUUUUUCCCCGAUUUGAAAAAAGCAAUGGCAACACAAAUUUUGAAGAUAUAUUAACAAAACAAGUCGAUUUAAAUAGUCUUAGUGUAAUAACGCUUACAGAAUUUUUGCAAAAGUCGAUUGUUUUACCAUUAAGGGUACAUUUGAAAAUCGUAAACAAUGAGGUAAUGAGGGUUUUUUUAGUGAAUUUGGAUUUGAUUAAUCAUUUUAGCAGUUUAAGAAAUUAUUUUUUUUUAAUGGAUGGCGAAUUUAGUAGCAUUAUAUGCGAUGAAUUAAUAAAUAAACUGGAAAAAGGUGCAUCACCAGUUGAGAUAUUUAAUUAUCAAACAUUACAUUCAGUUUUAGAUAAAGCAAUUGGAUCUAGUCAUUGUUCGGACAAAAAUUCAAGUAAAUUGUCCUUUAUUGUAAGUGAUUUACCUGAACAAUUCGAUCUAACCUCCCCGUCGGUCUUGUCAAAUUUAUGUUUAAGUUAUAAAAUUGACUGGCCCCUGAAUUUGAUAUUAAGCCCAGAAACGCUUGAUAAAUAUGGAGAUAUCUUUAAAUACUUGUUUAAAGUAAGGCGGAUAAGUUGGGUUCUUGAGCAAUCAUACAGAAUUAUGAAAGAAUCAGCAAAAUUAAUCGGAAAGGAACUUUUAAUAUCACCGCAAUAUCGCAGAGUACAGCUAAUAAGACACAAAUUUUUUCAUUUUAUUCAUGCACUUCGGAAUCAUAUUACUGCAAGCGCUUUGCAAGCCUCAUGGAAGGAAUUCCAAGAUGAGCUUUUAAAAGCUAAAUGCAUAGAAGAAAUCUACAGAAAACACACUAAUUACAUAAAAAAAAUAUUAUUUUUAUGUAUGCUAAAUAAAAGUAGCAUAGAUUUUAAUAAAGCUAUGGAGAGUAUUUUUAAAAUUACUCUGCGUUUUUACAGGAAUCUCAAAAGCAAGGAAUGGAAAAGAAAAAUUGGAGAAAAUUAUUAUAUUCAUCCUCGAUUUGAAAAACUUCUAAUUGAUGAAAAAGAAUUCGAAAAAUUGGUUAAAUACGUUAUUUAUUUGGGUAAUAAAAUAGUAAAACGCGGCUAUCAAGAAGAAAUUGGAGAAUUUCUUCGCUUAGUUAACUAUAAUCAAUAUUAUGUAACGGUGAAUUCAACACGUUGACAAAAAUUUUUAUGCACAUUUUGCAAAUUCUUUGGAUUUCACCUUUUUUUU